AUGCCUUUCAACCUCAAGAAGACGUACCAUUCGGCGCCGAACUUCUCGAUUCCAGCCCCUGACGCAAAUGGGCCCCUUCAGCUCGGCACGAUUAUUGAUGAUCCCGAAGAUCCUACUCCGCUGAACCCUACCGAACGGAUCCCGAUCCCGGCCGAGCAAAUAUUUCGAACCCAGACUCCUGGGUUUCGAACAAAAAUGAAUAGUCAAGCUAGUGGGAAGCUUGGCAUCUUCACGAAGCUGCUGGGCCUAGGGGGGUUCGGCGGCAGUCUCGGUGUCAGGGGGGGCUAUUCUAACGAAGAGAUCCUCGUUACAGACCGCCUUGACACUGAGUCCUUCAACCCAACUACCGAGCAGAUCAGGCUCGCGAUCGAGGUUCCCACCGUACGGGCCUAUCGCAGGGCCAACCGUGACAAAGAGCCGCUGUAUCUGAUUACAAGCAUCAAAGUCGCUCGUGGCGCAUCGGCUUCGGUGAUACAGGGGCGGGCCUUCGGCGGAGGCGUGGAGGCAGCGGUGCCGGACCCAGCUACUGGCCUCUUCCAGGUAGGCGCCAAUGCCGGAGGCGAGAUGAGCAGAGAGACCGAAAUGGGCUUUGAUCAUACGUCAGACUUUGUGCUGGGGUAUCGACUCUCAAAGCUGAUCAUGAAGAAGGACGGGGUGAAAGCGAAGAGACACCGACGCGGUGCUACGCUGGUGUCCGAUGAUGCGCAUGGAGUCGUCGACAGCCGACCCCGAAAUUUGUAG